AUGUGGUGGCUGCUGAGUACAAUGUGCCUUGUCCAUGUAUGUGGAAACAUAUUUUGUUUAUUUGAAACAACCAUGAAUCCUGAAGUCCACAUGAAUGUUAGUGAAAUUAUUAUCCGUUGGGGUUAUGCAAGUGAAGAGUAUGAGGCUGUGACUGAGGAUGGUUACAUCCUCCCAAUUAACCGUAUUCCUCAUGGGAAAAACAACACAAAUAGCACAGGCCCAAAGAAAGUAGUACUUUGUCAGCAUGGCUUGUUUGCAACUGCCUCUGUGUGGGUUUCCAAUCCUCCCAACAACAGCCUGGCCUUCAUAUUAGCAGAUGCUAGAAAUGAUUUGUGGAUGGGGAACAGCAGAGGAAGUACCUGGGCAAAAAAACACUUGUACCUGGACCCAAACUCUAAAGAAUUCUGGGCUUUUAGUUAUGAUGAAAUGAUAAAAUAUGACAUUCCAGCCACCAUUAACUUCAUCCUGAAGAAAACAGGACAAAAGCAAAUUUACUAUGUUGGACAUAAUCAAGGCACCCUUAUUGCCCUGGGGGCAUUUUCCACAAAUCAACAACUGGCUGAAAAGAUCAAAAUGUGUUUUUUAUUGGCUCCUGUUGCUACUGUUAAGUAUGACGAAGAUUUUCCACACCUUCUAUCUUACAUCUGUCCAACAUCUUUAAAGCUCAUUUUUGGAGAAAAAGAAUUGUUACCUAUGGCAGUUUUCAAUAAGCAGUCUGGAUAUACAUGCAAUGUUAUUGUAACCGAUACCACAUGUUUUGCUAUAAAGGUAUUGAUAACUGGAUAUGUUUCACAACAUUUAAAUAAGAGCCGUACUGAUGUGUAUAUAACACACAGUCUAGCACGAACAUCAGUUCAAAAUCUUCUACAUUACAGUCAGGCAGUUAAUACAGGUGUGUUUGGGGCUUAUGAUUGGGGAAGUCCAUCUCUAAAUAUGCUACACUACAAUCAGACAACUCCUCCAUUAUACAAUCUGGAAGACAUGAAGGUUCCAACUGCCAUGUGGAGUGGCAGAAAUGACUUUUUGGCUGAUGACAUAGAUGUUGCACAUUUGGUAUCCAAACUUCCCAAUCUCAUUUACCAUAAGAUUAUUGCUGAUUUUAGCCAUCUUGAUUUUGUAGUGGGAUUGAGUGCUUAUGAUGAGGUGUCCAAAGGUAUUUUAAAACUUCUUCAUGAAUCUGAGACUGAAAAUUUGCAUUAG